AUGCCGCCCUUUCGCGAUGACCAGAUCUUCAUCAUCUCGCCGGGCUCGCAAACAACRCUCGCUCAGCUAGGUCUGCCGGAAUCCUUCACACCUGCUCGCUACAGACUACGAUCGCGCAUGUUCCCUGCUGAACAGGCUGGAGAGUACGAACCCGUCAAGAUCCGAAAGAAAGAGAAGAAGGAGACGGCCGAAAAUCAGCCAGACACGAAUGGGGACCAAGAACCAGAGUGGGAGGAGGAUCGUGUAUCGGAGGAGGGGGCAAUAUGGCCAAUCCAGAGUGGAAGCAUCACGGACUGGCCCUGCUUCUACGCAUUGAUGGAGCAUGUCUACAACACCGUCAAUCCUCCAUUUCACACACCAAUUCUGAUCAUAUCACAACCUGUUUGGACGCACAAGGAGUACGAGAAAGUGGCCCAAUUCUUCUUCGAAAAGUUCAAGACACCAGCUCUGGCGAUGAUGGACUCUGCRGUGGCCACUACAUACGCAUACGGUAUCCCUACUGCAACUGUGGUGGAUGUUGGUCUGAGCAAGGCAGACGUUACCUGUGUUGCAGACUUUAUCCUCCACGAUAUUGGCCGAUCGCUGGCUGUACCGGAUUGCGGUGGUGAAUCGAUGACCCAGCGACUGACCGAGCUCCUGCACGGACGAAAGGGAUUCACACGAGAAGUGUGCGAACAGCUGAAGAGGAGUCCAAUCUGCGAAGUCCUGCCACCAGAUGUGCCUUUACCAAGCGCAGACGCAGACACAGCCGGCAACCCUGCAGCGGCCGCAUCCACGGGAGCAGACGGUGCAGCUCCAGGUCAGGCGAAACCAUCGAUAGCUGGAGACCUACCGCGUGGACCAGGACCCGGGACUGAAGUUGGUGAAGCAGAUAAGCUUGAGGAUGACGAAGGUGUGCUUGAUAUUGCCAGCAUUGUCACUGGCGGCAACAUGCAGGAAUAUCUCGCACAAAAGGAGCGCGAAAAGGCCGAGAAGGCGGCAAACAAAGGCCAGAAGAAGGGCACCGACACACAGCAGCAAGCCAAGAACCCGGUCCGAGUAGCAAACACGAAGCGCAGUCGCAAUACCUUUGUGUAUGAAGACUUUGCAUUGCACGACGCCAUGAAGACGGCAGGAAUGACGGCGCAGGGUAUGACGGACAUGCAAUCUGCACUUGACGAGGGCCCAAACAAGCGACAACGAAGUCCAGAACCCCAGUCUGCUGUGUCUGACAAGCCUGCCGAGAGUACUUUGGCCGAAGCACCCACCGAUAGCUCGCCAACAGGUGGUUUCAGACGAGAGAUUGAAGUCGGCACCGAGCGCUUCCAAGCCGCUUCGGGUGGCAUUCUGGAUCGACUCGCCGCUGCGAUACAUCGGACAGUCCUCUCAUGCAGCGACAUCAGCAAGCGGAGUGAGCUUUGGGAUUCUCUCAUCAUCCUGGGCAAUGGCUCAAAAGUACGUGGCUUUAAGGAAGCGCUCGUAGCCACCCUCCAAGCCAAAUACAUCAUCUCGCCCUCAUCAGCAACGAUAUUCACCUCCGAGCUCCCAUCCAACAUUUCUACGCCUUUGGGGACCGGCGCAAACACCCCUCAACAACAAAUACCGGGAUAUCCGCACCACAGCUCGAGUGUGAACCCGCUGCUUCACGCCGCACUGACCGCUCAGCAUCCACAGAUGCAUCAACAGCAGCCCAUGCAGUUCGCUCAUAGCCACUCUCAUGGCCAGACUCCCACAAGCAUCAAGGUUGCGAAGAUCCCGGAGUACUUUCCUGAGUGGAAAGAGACAGGCUAUGAUGAGGCUUCUUUCCUGGGUGCGCAGGUUGCGGGAAAGCUGCUGUUCAUUCUUGAUGGUGGACAGAGCAAGGGGUACAUGACGAGGACGGAUUACAAUGAGCAGGGCCCGAGGGGUAUUCACGAUGUGAGGAUGUGA